CCCACCGGCCCGGCGCGCCGUGAUCGAUCGCAGGCUGCGUCAGAAUGCUCCCCGCGUAUAAAUAGGGGUGGCAGGACCGCGCCGAGCCGCACACAGCCAUCCACCUUCCCCUCUCCCACUCCCUCUCUCCCCGUUCUUCUCUCUGUAGGCCCCCAUCUCCGCCGCCGGCCGGAGGGGCUCCGACCGCCACCAUGAGUUCCUUCAGCUAUGAGCCGUACUACUCGACCUCCUACAAGCGGCGCUACGUGGAGACGCCCCGGGUGCACAUCUCCAGCGUGCGCAGCGGCUACAGCACCGCGCGCUCCGCUUACUCCAGCUACUCUGCGCCGGUCUCCUCCUCGCUGUCCGUGCGCCGCAGCUACUCGUCCAGCUCCGGCUCCUUGAUGCCCAGUCUCGAGAACCUCGACCUGAGCCAGGUAGCCGCCAUCAGCAACGACCUCAAGUCCAUCCGCACCCAGGAGAAGGCGCAGCUGCAGGACCUCAACGACCGCUUCGCCAGCUUCAUCGAGCGCGUGCACGAGCUGGAGCAGCAGAACAAGGUGCUGGAAGCCGAGCUGCUGGUGCUGCGCCAGAAGCACUCCGAGCCCUCCCGCUUCCGGGCGCUGUACGAGCAGGAGAUCCGCGACCUGCGCCUGGCGGCGGAAGACGCCACCAACGAGAAGCAGGCGCUCCAGGGCGAGCGCGAAGGGCUGGAGGAGACUUUGCGCAACCUGCAGGCGCGCUAUGAAGAGGAGGUGCUGAGCCGCGAGGACGCCGAGGGCCGGCUGAUGGAAGCGCGCAAAGGAGCCGACGAGGCCGCGCUCGCCCGCGCCGAGCUCGAAAAGCGCAUCGACAGCCUGAUGGACGAAAUCGCCUUCCUGAAGAAAGUGCACGAAGAGGAGAUCGCCGAGCUGCAGGCGCAGAUCCAGUACGCGCAGAUCUCCGUGGAGAUGGACGUGUCCUCCAAGCCCGACCUCUCCGCCGCGCUCAAGGACAUCCGCGCUCAGUACGAGAAGCUGGCCGCCAAGAACAUGCAGAACGCCGAAGAGUGGUUCAAGAGCCGCUUCACGGUGCUGACCGAGAGCGCCGCCAAGAACACCGACGCGGUGCGCGCCGCCAAGGACGAAGUGUCCGAGAGCCGCCGCCUGCUCAAGGCCAAGACCCUGGAGAUCGAAGCAUGCCGGGGCAUGAACGAAGCGCUGGAGAAGCAGCUGCAGGAGCUGGAGGACAAGCAGAACGCCGACAUUAGUGCUAUGCAGGACACAAUCAACAAAUUAGAAAAUGAAUUGAGAACCACAAAGAGCGAAAUGGCCCGAUACCUUAAAGAAUACCAAGACCUCCUCAACGUGAAGAUGGCUUUGGACAUUGAGAUUGCAGCUUACAGGAAACUCUUGGAAGGUGAGGAGACCCGGCUCAGUUUCACCAGCGUGGGAAGCAUCACCAGCGGCUAUUCCCAGAGCUCUCAGGUCUUUGGCCGAUCUGCCUACGGCGGUUUACAGACCAGCUCCUACCUGAUGUCUGCGCGCUCCUUCCCGUCUUACUACACCAGCCACGUCCAGGAGGAGCAGAUCGAGGUGGAGGAGACCAUUGAGGCUGCAAAGGCCGAGGAAGCCAAGGACGAACCCCCCUCUGAAGGAGAAGCUGAGGAGGAGGAGAAGGAGAAGGAGGAGGCUGAGGAGGAGGAAGGAGCCGAAGAGGAAGAAGAAGAAGCUGCCAAGGAAGAAUCCGAGGAGGCCAAGGAGGAAGAAGAAGGAGGCGAAGACGAAGGAGAAGAAACCAAAGAAGCUGAGGAGGAGGAGAAGAAAGACGGAGGUGCUGGGGAGGAACAAGCCACUAAAAAGAAAGAUUGAGCCCCUCUUUCCUUAAUUGUUCCAGGAAGAAUUCUCCCGAAAUCAGGUCAACCCCAUCGCCGACCAACCAGUUGAGUUCCAGAUAUUAUAUGAAUUAAGAAGUCAAUAUAUGUAUAAUUCUGAGAUGACUUAGGUUGGACUUUAAAUGUUGUGCUAUGACUUUUUUCCUUAUGCAGAGUAUCCGUUUGCUUGCAGAGUGGCUUCCUGGCUCGCUGCCAGCCUGUGCAUGGUCCACGCUUAUGAGUUCAGGAUCUAUGGCAAUGUGAAUAAUUCAGAUGUUUACAAUAAAAAACACACACACACAUGAAUAAAUGAAUUCACUAAUGUUAAUGUUAAACUUCAUGGUAAAAAUAGCCCUUUGAGCCUUUGGUGGUUAGAAAUUAAAGACCUCGAAUUAUGUGCAAUAAAUAGUAAAUAAAGUUACACUGAAUGUCA